AUGGCCGAGGAGAUUGCCAGAAAUGCCCAUAGGGCUUCUACUGUCCUUAAGACGCUCUCUGAUGAGCAAAGAUCAACGGCUCUUUAUAAAAUUAGAGAUGCAUUAAUAAAAUCAAAGGAUGAAAUCCUCAAGGCAAAUAGAAUCGAUAUGGAGGAGGCAACCAAGAACAAACUAUCGCAGUCACUCAUUAAGAGACUCGACUUGUCCAUUAAUGGCAAGUUCGACUCGAUGUGUGACGGUAUUGUUGAUGUUGCACACUUGGAAGAUCCUCUAAAUAGAUGCACAUUGGCAACUCAAUUGGAUGACGGUCUCGAACUUUAUAGACUCACUUGUCCAGUUGGGGUUUUAUUGAUUAUCUUUGAAAGCAGACCGGAAGUCAUUGCCAACAUCACUGCCCUGGCCAUCAAAUCCGGGAAUGCGGCAAUCUUGAAAGGCGGGAAGGAAAGUUUACAUACUUUUAAGGCAAUGUCGGAAAUCAUCAAUCGUGUCUUGGAUGUGUCAACCGAUGUCCCUGCAAAUAGUAUACAACUCAUCUCUACUAGGGGGGAAGUCUCUGAUCUCUUAAAACAAGAUUUAUAUAUUGAUCUUGUCAUUCCUCGUGGCUCUAACGAAUUGGUACGCAACAUCAAGGAAAAUACCAAAAUCCCUGUACUAGGCCACGCCGACGGAAUUUGUUCCAUUUAUAUGGAUAAGGAUCUCGAUCUUGAAAAAGCCUGCAGAAUCGUCGUUGAUGCAAAGACAAACUAUCCAGCAGGUUGCAAUGCUGUUGAGACCCUCUUGAUUGAUGAAAAUUUAUCAGUAGAUCUUCAAACCCAAAUUCUGAAAGCUUUACUAGACGCUAAUGUAACUCUCCAUAUUGUUCCUGAACUCUUAUCUGAAAUUGACCCCCACUUGAAGGAGUCGUAUCCUUCUCAGUUAGUCACCGCUACAGAAAAAGACUUCGAUAAAGAAUUCUUAUCGUUUGAUAUUGCAGUUAAGAAGGUCAAUGGCGUCAGAGAUGCCAUUGAGCAUAUCAACUCGCAUUCUUCCAAACACACCGACGCAAUCGUAACGGAAAACGAGGCAACAGCUGAUGUGUUCCUCAAGGGUAUCGACUCGUCCGGCGUUUACUGGAACUGUUCAACUAGAUUUGCAGACGGGUUCAGGUAUGGGUUUGGUACCGAAGUCGGGAUCUCUACAAACAAGAUCCACAGUCGAGGCCCCGUUGGACUCGAGGGCUUGGUUUGCUACUACUACCAGAUGAGAGGUUCUGGACAAGUUGUAGGUGAUUAUCUCGGUGGUGGAGGUACAAGGGUCUUCAAACAUGUCUCUAUGGACCCUUCAAACGUUAAAUUGUAA